AUGUGCACGGAACAGGUUCAGUUUGAGCAGGUCAGUCGUGAUUCAACGGAUGGCGGUAUUGCUGCUGAUCAAGAUGAUAAUAAAACAUUCAUGUCAUAUCUCGUUUGCAUUCGUUUUGAUACUGGCCGAUGCGAUUCAGCCACAUGUUGCCGAUCUUUCGGUCGACUGAGCAGACAGGAAGUUGCGACUGAACGCCGAUUGGGUUUAGAUCACGACUACCGACAUUUGCAUGUGGCUUCAAACGCACUGUUGGGUGAAGACGCCUAUAUUUCGCAAUAA